CCGUCUCGCGGAGGGGCCGAAGGCCGGGAGCUGACCCGGGUUGGCUAACCAGGGAGCACGGACGCGGUCUCAGAAAGACCAUGUGGACCCUGGUGAGCUGGGUGGCCUUAUGGGUAGGGCUGGUGGCUGGAACACAGUGCCCAGAUGGCCAACUCUGCCCUGUGGCCUGCUGCCCGGACCCGAGAGGAACUGGCUACAGCUGCUGCAACCCUGUCCUGGACAAGUGGCCUACAACGCUGAGCCAGCGUCUGGGCAGCCCCUGCCAGACUCAUGCCCACUGCUCUGCUGGCCAUUCCUGCAUCCUCACCAUCACUGGAACUUCCAGUUGCUGCCCCUUUCCAAAGGCCGUGUCAUGUGGGGAUGGCCAUCACUGCUGCCCCCAGGGCUUCCACUGUAGUGCUGAUGGGCAAUCCUGUUUCCAGAGAUCAGAUAAUGACCUCUUGGGUGCUAUCCAGUGCCCUGAUAGCCAGUUUGAAUGCCCCGACUCCUCCACAUGCUGCAUUAUGCUUGAUGGCUCCUGGGGAUGCUGCCUCUUGCCCCAGGCCUCUUGCUGUGAAGACAGGGUGCACUGCUGUCCCCAUGGGGCCACCUGUGACCUGGUUCACACCCGCUGUGUCACACCCACAGGCACGUUCCCCCUAGCAAAGAAGUUCCCUGCACAAAGAAGCACUAAUAGGGCAGGCCUAGUUCCUCGUCCAGUGGCUUUGCCCAGCUCAGUUCUGUGUCCUGAUGCACGGAGCCAGUGCCCUGAUGAUUCUACCUGCUGCAAGCUGCCCAAUGGAAGCUAUGGCUGCUGCCCAAUGCCCAAUGCCAUUUGCUGCUCCGACCACCAGCACUGCUGCCCCCAGAACACUGUGUGUGACCUGACCCAGAGCAAGUGCCUCUCCAAGGAGAAUGACACUACAGACCUCCUGAGCAAGCUGCCUGCACACACAGUGCAGGAUGUGAAGUGCGACAUGGAGGUGAGCUGCCCAGAUGGCUAUACCUGCUGUCGUCUUCAGACAGGAGCCUGGGGCUGCUGCCCAUUUACACAGGCUGUGUGCUGUGAGGACCAUAUACACUGCUGCCCGGCAGGCUAUAAGUGUUACACUGAGAAGGGAACCUGCGAACAGGGAGGCUUCCAGAUGCCCUGGGUGAAGAAGAUCCCAGCCCGCCUCAGCCUGCCAGACCCACAGUCCUUGAAGAAUGAUGUUUCCUGUGAUGAUGUUACCAGCUGUCCCCAAUCCAGCACCUGCUGCCGACUAAUUUCUGGGGAAUGGGGCUGCUGUCCUAUCCCAGAGGCUGUCUGCUGUUCGGACCACCUGCACUGCUGUCCCCAGGGCUACGUAUGUGUGGCUGAGGGAAGGUGCCAGAAGGGAAACAAGCUAGUGGCUGGACUAGAGAAAAUGCCUGCCCGCAAGGCUCCCCAGAACCACACAGGAGACACUGGCUGUGACCAGCAUACCAGCUGCCCAGUGGGGCAGACCUGCUGCCCAAACCUGAGUGGGGGCUGGGCCUGCUGCCAGCUGCCCCAUGCUGUGUGCUGUGAGGACCGGCAACAUUGCUGCCCGGCGGGGUACACCUGCAAUGUGAAGGCCCGAUCCUGUGAGAAGGAAGUGGACGCUGCCCGUCCUGCUGCCCGCCUGCUUCUCGGCCCUAAUGAGGGUGUGGAUGAUGUGGAGUGUGGGGCAGGACACUUCUGCCAUGAUAACCAAACCUGCUGCCAAAACAGCCGAGGGGACUGGGCCUGCUGUCCCUACCAUCAGGGUGUCUGCUGUGCAGAUCGGCGGCACUGCUGUCCUAGCGGCUACCGCUGUGGGGCCAAGGGAACCAAGUGCUUGCGCAGGCAGAACCCGCGCUGGGAUAACCUUUCGGCCUUCCCAGCCCCCAGACAGCUGCUGUAAGGAGGAGCUGAGGAACAGAAGACACUUCUCAGCCCUCUGGACCCUGUCCAGAGGGCAUCCACCUGCUCAGGCCUCCCUCGCUCCUUUUCCCCCUAAUUAUCCCUGACCCCCCCCAACUCUGAAUCACUCCACUACCAUGGAAGGUGGGGGCCUCCAUCUAAGGCCUUCCUCAUUUAGGGGACAGUGGCAAAAAGCCACAUUACAAUACAAACUGCCACCCCUUCGCCCAAUUUCUUUGGACCCUGUGGCCAGGUGCUUUCCCCUAUCCACAGGUGGUGUGUGUGUGUGUACGCGCGUGCGUGUGCUCCAAUAAAGUUUGUACACUUUCUUAA